AUAAUCUCGGGCAUGCGUAGAAUAAACUUCGACCGACUAUCUGACAGAUAAACAAAAAUGUAACCGUUUUGAGGGGCCCCGUUUUCCCGCUAAAUAUUGAAGAUUUGUGGCACAAUGCAUUCGUGAUAAAUUGUAAAUUAUGGAGAACGAUAAUAAGCUGGAUCGCUUUUUGAGAUUGGGAAAAGCUGGAGAAGGUACCUACGGCGUUGUGUACAAAGCGAAAAACAAACUGACUGGCAAGAAUGUUGCUUUGAAGAAAAUUAAAUUGCAAAAAUUCCAGAAUAAAGGCUGUUCAGAAGGGGUUCCGUCCACUGCAAUGCGAGAAAUAACACUAUUAAAAGGAGUCAGACACUCCUCAAUAGUAGAGCUUUUAGAUGUAAUGUACACGACUGAAAACUUAUAUUUAGUGUUUGAAUAUCUAGAAUUGGAUUUGAAAAGAUAUAUGGACGUUAGUAAAUUAUCACUAGAGCAAGAGUUAGUAAGAAAUUAUAUGAAACAAUUAGUUGAUGCUAUGGCAUAUUUACACUCUCAUAGAAUCCUACACAGGGAUCUCAAGCCACAGAAUCUUUUAGUUGAUAAAGAAGGUCACAUUAAAUUGGCAGACUUUGGACUUUCAAGAUCUUUUUCUCUGCCUACUAGGACUUAUACUCAUGAAGUAGUAACAAUGUGGUAUAGAGCACCUGAAUUACUUUUAGGAGAAAAAAUGUAUUGCACUGGUGUUGAUAUAUGGAGUUUGGGAUGUGUUAUGGCAGAAAUGUUGAUGAAAAGGGCCUUGUUUCCUGGUGAUUCCGAAAUCGAUCAGUUAUAUAAAAUAUUCAAGAUAAUGGGGACACCUACGGAAGAGAAGUGGAGAGGUGUUACACUAUUACAAGACUAUAAACCAGCUUUUCCUAAAUGGCAAGCACAGAAUUUACAAGAUAUUAUUAGAUUUCAUUGUGAGGAAGAAGAGCAACUUUUAGAGUAUAUGUUAACAUACGAUCCAGCCAAACGAAAAACCGCAAAGGAAUUACUAAGGUGCAACUAUUUAAAGACUGCCAAAUUGACAACUCCAGAUUUGAAUGCAUUUCCUCGGGAGGACAUUACAGACGAAGCUGGACCAAGCUGAUUUUUUUUAAAACUUUGUGUGUGUUUCAAGUUUUGAUACCUAAAUAAAUUUAACUUAUUCUUUUUUUAA